GGCGUCGAAGCAAGCAGGCCGAUCGGAUCUAUUACUGAUGAGGUAUGUCACGCGGCGCCACGCAUUCACCCACCCAUUUAUUUUCGGGUCACGCACUACAGAUUUUCCAGCAACGCAAAACAGGCGCGCGCCUACCACACCUAAGGAGCUCCACUUCUCCAGAGCCAGAUACUAUUGCAUUUGCAAUGCAUAAUUUGGAAC